AUGGCUUCCUCAAGCGGAACAUGUUCGGGUUCAUCCUCUCUGCUUCAGAACUCGGGUUCUGAGGAGGACUUGCAAGCAUUAAUGGAUCAGAGAAAGAGGAAGAGAAUGACAUCGAAUCGCGAAUCUGCACAGCGAUCUCGCAUGAGGAAGGAGAAGCACUUGGACGAUCUGGUUACCCAAGUGGCUCAGCUGAGAAAGGAGAAUCAGCAGAUACUCACCACCGAACGAGAUCAUUGGUUAGAGUCUCUGAACGAGAUCAUCGAACUCUGGUUGUGUGUGAGAAGGAGAGGGGAAGAUGAAGUGGAAAUUCCCACUGUGCCCUUUCUCUAAAGCUGAUUUAACGU